CGGCGGGGCUGCUGUGGGCUCGGUACGGCGCGACGGAGGGGAGGAGGCAGAGGCAGGGGCAGGCAGCGGGAGCAGCCAGGCAGAGGAUGUCCGCGGGUGGCCGUCGGCCGCUCGCCGCUCCUCUGCGCGCCAGCCGUCCCCUCCACGUCUUCAUGAAUUAGCGCUGCGGGGUGGGGGCGGGGGACGGGAACGAGCGUCCCAGCGGCACGGGCGCCGCAGGCAUGGCUAGUUCGUGCGCCGUCCAGGUGAAGCUGGAGCUGGGGCACCGAGCCCAGGUCAGGAAGAAACCCACCGUGGAGGGCUUCACCCACGACUGGAUGGUGUUUGUCAGAGGGCCUGAGCACAGCAACAUUCAGCACUUUGUAGAGAAAGUCGUCUUUCACCUGCACGAGAGCUUCCCCAGGCCGAAGAGAGUGUGCAAGGAUCCACCCUACAAAGUUGAAGAAUCUGGGUAUGCUGGUUUCAUUUUACCAAUAGAGGUUUACUUCAAAAACAAGGAAGAACCUAAGAAAGUUCGAUUUGACUAUGACUUAUUCCUGCACCUUGAAGGCCACCCACCUGUAAAUCACCUGCGCUGUGAAAAGCUCACAUUCAACAACCCGACAGAGGAAUUCAGAAGAAAGCUGCUAAAGGCAGGAGGGAUCAUGGUAAUGUCAGAUGGCACAUCGUUCUUUUCAGGACAGAGCCUUUAUCUCCCCAACCUGCCCAGUAACUCCCUGUCUUUUUCCGAAGUGAAGAAGAAAUCAUCUCAUGGGCCAAAGGACCCAACUAGGAUUCUGAACACAAAUAGCAGCAGCAGCAGUAACAGUUUUUCAAAGACCCACAAGUUAAGAAAGGAGCACAAGGAAAAGACUUCUAAAGACUCAAAAGAACAUAAAAGUGCCUUCAAAGAACCUUCCAGGGAACACAACAAAUCUUCCAAAGAAUUCUCUAAGAAACCCAAAGAAAACAAACCACUAAAAGAUGAAAAAAUAGUUUCUAAGAUGGCCUUCAUGGAACCCAAACCUAUGUCCAAGGAGCCAAAAUCUGAAAACACCCCCAUCCUUACCAUAACAGGUGGGCAGCAGCAAGAAAAGAAGACCCCCACAAAAAGGCCUUCUGUUUUGGACUCUGAUGAACCUUCCAUAAAAAAAAGAAAAAAAAGUGGCUCAAAUACACUAUUUAAAAGUUUUUCUAGUGCCCCACCCCUGAUUCUUACUUGUUCAGCUGACAAAAAACAGACAAAAGAUAGAUUUCAACUCAAGGUGGGGAGAGUCAAAAUUGAAAAUGUUGCACUGGAAAGGAAGAUGCCUACUCUGCCACCAUUUGAUGAUAUUGUAGAUCCCAAUGAUUCUGAUGUAGAGGAAAACAUGUCCUCCAAAUCUGAAUCUGAACAGCCCAGUCCUGCCAGUUCCAGCUCCAGUUCCAGUUCCAGUUUUACACCAUCUCAAAACAACAGACAACAAGGUCCUUUGAGGUCUAUAAUGAAAGAUCUGCAUUCAGAUGAUAAUGAAGAUGAAUCAGAUGAAGCAGAUGAGAAUGACAAUGAUUCUGAGUUGGAACGACCUGUAAAUACAAGAGGUGGAAGCAAGAGUCGAAGGGUUAGUCUGAGUGAUGGCAGUGACAGUGACAGCAAUUCAGCUUCCUCACCACUACUAUGCCAUGAACCAGCACCACCUUUACUGAAAACCAACAACAACCAGAUUUUAGAAGUGAAAAGUCCAAUAAAGCAAAACAAAUCUGAUAAACAAAUAAAGAAUGGUGAUUAUGAUAAGGCAUAUCUCGAUGAACUAGUAGAGCUCCACAGAAGAUUAAUGACAUUGAGAGAGAGACAUGUACUGCAGCAGAUAGUAAAUCUUAUAGAAGAAACUGGACACUUUCAUAUUACAAAUACUACCUUUGACUUUGAUCUUUGCUCACUGGACAAAACCACAGUCCGUAAACUACAGAGUUAUCUGGAAACAUCUGGAACUUCCUGAGGAUUCAUCAUCAAAUACUGUUCUUUAAAUGAAACAUUCAGAAUGAUGCAACAAAAAUGGGGUGAAAAAACAAAACAACCCUCUUCAGCUUUAUUUUUCCUUAAAGUCUGUCAUCAUCUCUUGAUAAGGUAGAAGAAAAUUGACAAGACUCAGAGGACCACUCUUCUCAAGAAGAAAGUGCUCUGGAAGAGUUUGGAUAGCCUUGAAAAACAGACACGCAAAACCAAACAAAAAUAUUUGGUCUUAAUGAAUGUGUAUGGUUGUCAUGUAUCUCUCUCUGUGGUGUUCCAGUCCACAAGAUGAAUGCAUGUUCAACACACUGCCUUAUUACAUAAUUGAUCUAUUUAUUGUUGCAUACGUGUAUUCUAAAGUCAACAAGUCACUGAAUGACACUACCAGAUGUUGCAAGAAGUAGGGACUCAUGUGUGCUCUUUUGAUGCAGUACUAUCAAAAGCCUAGUAUCCUUAUUCAUGUUAAAAUGCCACUUCUUGCUAUCUUUCUCUAGUCACUUAAAACACUGCAGUCUUGUUUCCACUUCUGCAGUUCCAGGAAACAAGAUACAAAUUUGGGGACCAAACAGUGGUCCUGUAUUUUGUUUCCUGUCUGCCACAGCAGAUUGGACCUCAGGUCCUUGGUUCUAUCCAUGACCAUGGUAGAAAACAUACCAAAUAGGAUCACAGGACUUGCUGUCUAGCCUUAGUGAAUAAACCAGUAAGACGUUUAACAAAAAAUGUUAUGUAUACUGUCCUGAAUCCAGCAUCUUUUGCAGUCUACAUUCUUGUGUCUGUUUUAAUGUUAUAAAAUUAAAUAUAUAUAAGUGGAAGUGUUCUGCAGGAUCAUCAUAGAAGAAAAAAUACUGGUCCUGUCUUCUAAGGAAAUAUUGUAGAAAAUUCUUAAUUUGGAGUUAUUUAUUACUACAAGUUUCAACACUCCUCUGCUGCCAGUGUGUGACUCACUUUUACUAUAGAACUGUUUGUAUAACAUUUUUGUUUGUUCAUAUAGUACAUGGUCUGCUUAGUUUGUUUGGGGGUUUUUUGGGGAUUUUUUUUUUACAACUGCUAAAUGAAAACCCUUUAUUUGAAGAGAAAAAAAUAUGUUGUUAUAUAGUUACAUGUUGGAAUAAAUACAUAUGAUACAUCGUAUAUAUGGGUGUAUAUACAUAUAUAUAUAUAUGUAUAUACACACACAUGCAUAUAUGCUUUUUACACUUUCCAGAUUUUGGUAUCUGUUCAGUAACCUACUUCUGUUUCCAGAAGGAUUUCCUGUCCAUAAAAAUGAGUAUUCUUUCAUACUAUCCAUUACUCCUUAAAAUCAGGAUCCUUGUCUGUGUAUGAUCAGAUGAGAGGAUGUUUCACAUCAAAGCUUCGUGGUGUCAUGUUGCUGAUGGUUUCUUGAUGAAAUCAUCACCCUUCUAUUAGAAGUUCAAAUUCCCCAAUGAAAAGAAUUAAAAAAUUACUUCUGGAUGCAAAGGUUUAUUCAUGUUUACCAGCCUUAAAAAAUGUACCUUGUUUCUGGACAGGCCAGUAUGUCAUGUGUAUGCUUAUGUGCCACAUGUAGUCUGUAUGUGUAGAACUGAACAAUAGUAUCUGUAUGACUGUUUCAUGCGCAGUUUGUGCAGCACUGUAAAACUAAAUUCCUAUUGGGGUUAUUUCUUAUUCAGAUGGUAAAUCUUAAUACUGUUUCUUUAAGUCCAAAGAAAAUUUUACACUUUACUCUUUUUGAGAAGGUGUGAUACAGAUUGGAUUGGGGAUCUUUUAUCUUAUUUAAAAUGUUUGAUUACACUCUGCAGGAAGUCCUUCUCAGGCUUCCCAAGAAUAAGUGUACUUUUUCAGUAAUGUUAUGACUCUUAUUGACGAUUGGCAUGAAGCAUACUUGAAGCGUUAUGUUGUUCUUUUAAGUCCAUGUCUUAAUGUGCAAUUGGGAAGUGGGGGGGAGGAGCGGGAGUGUAAUUUUAAAGUUACUUUUGACAUAAGGCAGGUGAUGGUGAGGAGGGAGAAGGGGUGCACGUGAAGGGGAUAAACUUCAAUUUUUAUUGAUUAUUUUAUAUGAAAAUGUUUGGAAAUCGAAAAGCAACCUUAAAAACGUUUGGUCUUCUAGUGUGUGUUCAACUUCCUAUCUUUUAGUUAUACCAGAUACAUAUGGAAUUUUGUCCAUUUUGACUUUUAUAACUAAGUUUUGUGGUAAAAACUCACUGAGUUUCAGGAGUGGAAGAAUCCCAUGAUACUUCUAGUAUGACUAUUGCACUGUUAGAAAUGGUGAAAUGAAUCAUUUUACCCUUAAAAUACCAGAUAAGCUUUAUUAUACACUGAGAAAAGGGGUGGAAGAAAACAGCAAAUAGGAUAAUAGACAUAAAAGGGAGGUGACAGCAAUUACACUAUCAUGGUAGUGCUGAAUUUCAUGCAAAUUGCGGAUCAUCCUUAAACUCUUAAAUUUUCUAAUUCAAUGAGAGAGGGAAGAAAAUAGACUGCAGUUGUGUGUGUGCGCGUGUGUUGACUUUUUCACAGAAUUCUGAUAGAAUAAGAGUUACUAAGUGCUGAUCUAAAUUAGAAAAAAAUAGCUAUUUUCAUCUAAUUUUGUAUGCAGAAACAAAAUAAAUCAUUGUUCACUUAAUUUCAGACAUUGAUAUUUCUAUUCAAGAAAAAAUAAGAUACCCUUCCAAGUCUUUGACUUAUAUGCGCAUUGUUCUUUGGGAUGGGAUAAAGUGUUUCAGCAAUAAAUGUUUUGGUGUUUUACUUAACAUCAAACUGUUUAAAAUGAAGUUAUAUGUGAGAAUUUGGAUUAAUUCACUGAUAUGGCCAGAGAGAGGUUAGCAGUAAGUUGCAAUAUCUAAGUAUCAUUUUUAGCAUAAAUGAGUCAAUAUUAUUAGAACAGGGGUUGUAUACAAUAGUGAGGACAGUUUUCAUCUCACCAUUAACUUUUCACAUCAGAAAUUGGAUGUCCAAUUGGGCAGACAAAUUUGAAUAUCUUUUUAGAAGCUGGAAUCCACUGAUAGGCUUUACAAAAAUAUCAAUAUUAUCUAGAUUUGAAGGCCAUCUUAGUCCAUGCUAAAGAGAAAGAUCAAUAAAGUAGGAAGGGGCACACACCGAAGUGGGAAGAGUCUUCCAAGGUAAAACAAAACCCAUGCUCAGUCUUCAGCCUUUGGAUUGUAAGAAGUGGUUGAUCAUUUCUCUCUUUUCAUUGGUUGGGAGUUUCUAGGUUAAGUCUAUGCUUUCAAUUCCAGAAUCAGAGUUCAUACAGUACAGUGCAUUUGGAAAGCCCAGUAUAUUUCUAUUAAAGUUUCUUUUAGUUGGAAGGAAAUAACAGAUUCUUGGGUUUUGCCUGACCCAUUGUCCUUCUUUCCCAUUCUCACAGUGAAAUAAAGUAUGUUCACAAUCUGG